GCUUCUUGUAGCCUGAACGUUUGUGCUGGCUGAAGGGAGGAGAUUGAGAGCAGCAGGGAGGGAGUCUGUCAGCUGGAGCAGCGAGCAGAGAGAGCCGGAGGAAGGCACUAAGAGAGAGAGAGAGGGUGUAUAUGCGCGCGCCUGACUGACUGUGUGUGUGUGCAUGAGGGUGUAGGAGAGAGAGAGAGAACGUGUGGACUCCACCAGACUGGAUGUCUUUGGCGUCGCCAGAGGAGCACACACAGAAAGAGACCUGGUCAGACCCACGCUGCAGAGGGAACAGAAGGCAGACAGCCGGACAGUGAGCAGGAGAGAAAGCAAAGAAGGCUACACAAGGCCCUACUAACCAGCCCGAUGGCAAGCAACAACACAGCCAGCAUUGCACAAGCCAGGAAACUGGUGGAGCAGCUGAAGAUGGAGGCCAACAUCGACAGGAUAAAGGUGUCGAAAGCAGCAGCAGAUCUGAUGUCUUACUGCGAAGCUCACGCCAAAGAAGACCCACUGCUGUCCCCCGUACCAGCUUCUGAGAACCCGUUCAGAGAGAAGAAGUUCUUCUGCGCCAUCCUGUAAAAGAGGCCCGGCCCUUAAACAGGCUGCCUGCUCUGCGGCCACGGACGUUCAACACUUACGUUCUUCUAGCAGGAGGCCAUAAGGAAAUGCCCCUUUUGUCAAAAGGCACCUUAAGAGUGUACUUAAAGCCACAGAGUAACACGUUACCAUUUCCAGGGGGUUGAUUGGUGUUGAAAGGUGUGCAGUAUGUUGUACGGAUCUGUAUAGUCAGGUGAGCCGAGGUUGCGAUCCGAACACAUGAUGGACAACUAAUCAACUGAGUCUUCAGGUUGGGUUCAAAAGUAUAUAUAUAUAAGUAUAUGGAAAAUGAAAAAAAAAAAAAAUGUUUUGUGGUUCUUUCGGAACUUCCAAAUGUUCAGUUUGAUGGUUUGAUGGUUGCCUGGGCUCACUGCCUCACCACACCUGUUUGUUGGAAUGUUUUUACUUUGGGAGGGUUGUUAUUUGUUUUAUGUUCCUCUUAGCGUUAAGCUGUAGAUCUUAGAUAGCUUUCUAUUACUGUGUGUGACAACUGAAAAGGCUGUAUUCACUUUUUUUUACUUUAAUAGAAUGGUGAAAGCUUUUUUAACAGCAAAUUUGAACGUUUUAUUCCGUGAUACUCUUUACAGAUACCUUUCUGAGAGAGAAAAAAAACUGUUUCAGUACAUGAAUAUCUAUCAGGCCAUGUGGCAGUAUUUGUUUCCUUCAAAUCCAA